GUCAUUGGUGAGGCAAUGAAUGCAUUACAAACACUCUCCCUGCUGCUGCACCUACUCGCCGCCGCCUCCGUUCGGUGUUGGAGCUUUGGCGCUCUCAGUCCCGUUCCUACACCAGGUCCCAGUAUUGGCCCAAGACUCGGUCCCAGUAUCGGUCCCAGUCUCGGUUCCAGUCUCGGUCCCCUCUCCGAAGACGCCGCACCACAACCCAGCGAUGCGGGCAAUCCAGACAAUCACACGCUGCUCAUACGCCAGCUGAUUGUGGGCACGCUGCUACCACCUCAGGUGCCGCCAGCCAAUUGGCCACCUGUGCCCGCCAUCGUGACGCCUGGCACACCCACAAAUUGUCGCUGUGUGCCAGCUGGAUCCUGUCCAAAUCCAGUGCCCCUACCCCCAAAUGAUGGCAGUGGACAGAUAGACAUACGCAUCGUGAACAGCGGUGGAGUGCCACCAGUUGCCACCACAGCGGCACCGUUGUCCUGCAACUUUGGUUUGGUCGUCUGUUGCCAGGCUGGGAACUAUCAAUGUGGAUUACGAUUUCCGCCGCCAGCGGGCUCAGCUCUGGCGAGUCCUGGCCAGGCUAGCUUUGGGGCAUAUCCGUGGCAAGUGGCGCUCUUGACGACGUCGGAGGUGUAUUUGGGUGGAGGAGCACUGAUCACAGCACAACAUGUUGUCACAGCUGCCCACAAGGUCUACAAUUUGGCUUUGAGCACGUUUAAGGUGCGUUUGGGCGAAUGGGAUGCGGCGAGCAUUACUGAACCGAUUCCUGCACAGGAUGUCUUCAUCUCCAAUGUGUAUGUGAAUCCCGCCUUUAAUCCCAACAAUCUCCAGAACAAUGUGGCCAUCCUCAAGUUGGCAACACCAGUCUCCCUCACCAGUCGCUCCACCAUUGGCACUAUUUGUCUACCCACGACGAGCUUUGUGGGUCAGCGCUGUUUUGUCGCCGGUUGGGGCAAGAAUGACUUUGGCGCCACUGGCGCCUAUCAGGCAAUAAUGCGUCAGGUGGAUGUGCCACUAAUACCCAAUGCCAAUUGCCAAACGGCAUUGCAAUCCACACGCCUCGGACCCUCAUUUGUGCUCAACCCGACGAGUUUCAUCUGUGCCGGCGGCGAGGCGGGCAAGGAUGCCUGCACCGGAGAUGGUGGCUCCCCACUCGUGUGCACCAGCAACGGUGUCUGGUUUGUGGUCGGACUGGUGGCCUGGGGCAUUGGCUGCGGACAGGCAAAUGUGCCCGGCGUCUAUGUCAAUGUGGGCACCUAUUUGCCCUGGAUACAAACGACUCUAACGCUGUAACAACGUUUCCCCCUGUUGCCCAGGAUUGUUAACCAACUUACACCUUCUGCCAAUAAGCUAGAACGGACUUUUAUCUAUAAAUUGUUACCGAAGUGAAGAGCAACAAAUAUACAUUUCCACAUUCUCCA